AGCAGCCUCUUCCCUCCCGGAAGAGCUCCAGAAGAAGAAGCUGCUAAAUGAAGAUAAACGCUGAUUGAAAUGGCGUCAGUCACGGUACGUGGCUGCGCCCUCUGCACCGUGUCACUGCUGAACUUCGCGUUUGUUUUCAUAUCCGGCGCAGACUUCAUUCGCUUUCUGUCAUUUCGACCCAUUUACCACAACAUCACCGGGGACACGACUCUCUGUCGAGACUCUGUGCCGUGGUCGGUGGCCCUGCAGGACAGCUCUGUCCUCAGGUGUCUCGUGGUGGAUUUGGGGCUGCUGGCUCUCUUCACCACACAACACAGUCUGCUCGCCUGGUCACCGGUCAAACAGGCCCUCCAGUCAGUGCUGGGAGCGCUGAACAGGACGGCAUACUGCUUCACCACAGCACUGGCGCUCCAGAUCUUGAUGCGGUACUGGCAGCCUGUGACCGGCGCCCCCUGUCUGUGGUCAGUACGUCAUGCACCCUGGAGUAUCUGGUUCCCUCUGCUCUGCUUCUCCCUGCACUUCCUCUGCUGGGCGAUCAUCUGCAGCAUCCUCAUGAUCUUUGAUUACCCAGAACUGCUGGGCAUCAAGCAGGUGUAUUACAGGUGUCUCGGUUUAGGGGACCCCCUGUCUCACAAGUCUCCUCGUGCCCAGCGCCUCCUCUCUCACCUCCGCCACCCGGUGUGCCUGGAGCUGGGUGUCGUGCUGUGGCUCCUGCCGGCCUUGUCCCUGGACCGGCUCCUGCUGGCGGGGACUCUGUCAAUCUACCUGGCCCUGGCACACUCCCUGGACAAACAGGAUUUAGCCUACCUCUGCGUCCAGCUUAAAAGUAAGAUGCAGCUCCUGAGUGAGCCACAGCGGGGCAGCGAGUGGGACAACGGCAACCACAAGGAGAAGUGAAGGUGUUCUUACUGCUGUGACGUGAAGCCGCCCGCCGCCUUCAUAUUAACUAGAAAUACUGUAACUGGCUUCUCGGUGAGCCUGGUUGUCUGCUGUGCUUAACACAAGAAAAGCAAACUGUAUUCUUUGAAAAACGACACUGUGUUUUUUAAAUUACUGUAGACUGCAUGUGGGGUUUUAGAAAGGGAGAGUCCAACUUCUACGUUUCUGUAAAAAAAACAUGAAUAUGUGCAAACUUUAUAUUUCUGUUGGAGCUUUAUCUAUUUUUACAGUCCUCUCCUCAUGGUUUGGUUAAACUGAAGCACAUUAAUAGAAGAUCGAGUUUUGGCUUAAAAAGUCAGUUUUGGGUGCCACAAACACAGCUGGAAAGUGGUCUCCUUAAAAAUAUCUAGUAGUUUCACAGUGACAAAUGUGGAAACACAGUCUCAAACUGUGGUCACUGGCUUGGCAGCCUUCUCACCUGUAGCUCCACCCCCAUCUCUCUCCACCUCCUGAUACUGCAGACACGUCAAAAACAUGUCAACGCGACAUGACACUUUUUUGUAGACAUUUUAUUACGGUACGUAGUCUAUGACGUGUACAAUUGUGAAUUUUAUUUUUGCUUUGCAGAAACAUCAUGUGCCAACAUUUUAUCCAGGUGACUGAUCUGGGGGAGUUUUAUUUAAAAGGGACAAUUUAUUUCACCGUUUAUAAACACAAAAGCCUUCUUCUACUUAGUCAGUAUUUUCAAUAUGUCACUGGUAUUAAAGUUGUGUUUUGUAAAAUGUUAAUAUUCAGAGAGAACAUAAUGUGAUCGUUAUAUUUUUGAAUAUAUUUCUAUUUUCUGAUUACAUUUACGAGGAAUGUUUUGUCCCAAAACGAUUUUAUAUUUAACAUUUUGCUAUAAGACCAUCCAAAUAUUUAUUUCACAAGCAUAGAUACAAAAUGCAGUAACACUUUACUGGAAUCUCUCUAUUUAGAAAUAACGAGCAGUAGUCAAACAUUUAAUUAAUGGAUUAUAACACAUUAAAAUGUAUUUUAACACAGCUAUACAGACAUUAUUAAGUACUUUUGUUAAUGCACAGUAAUCACAAUGCACAGGAGAAGUCAAGUUAUUGUUGACUACUAAGUUUUCAGACCCACACAUUUAUGUAUUAAAUGGUUAUAUACUGCUAAUGAAUGCUGAUACAGCUGAUUUAUAUUUUUGUUUAUCAUAUAGUUUGUUAUUUAUAGGCUGUAACAUUCCAGCUGCCCACUGCAGGUUCACUGUGCACACUACUGUCAAAUGUAAAUGUCCCAUCGCCUAAAAUACAAAAAUGCAGCUUUGUUUUUCACAUUUUGCAGCUAUAAAGACAAACAGGUGUCGUUGCAUCUUUGUGAUCCCGAAUGUUUAUUUGCAUGGUUGCCUUGUUUUGUGUUCAGCUGCAAUGUCAGACCAAUUAUAUUCUACAGGAUUAAGAACAAGUUUGUUUUAAAAUGUCAUCACUUCUUGAACAUGAAAGUACUGUAUUCUUUUUUUUUAAUUCAACAUGUUUUUUUUAAUGCUAAUAUUAGUUUCUACAUGUCUGCAUUGUUGCCUCACUGUAACAAUAAUAACUUCCAGUAUUUUCCAGA